CAAAUAUAAAUAUCUCCUCGUAGAAGAAAACCGAGAGAGAGAGAGAGAGAGAGAGUCCACGAUCGAUCGAUCGACGAUCAAUUCGAUCCUCAGAAACAAAAUUGAGAUCAGGCACUGCAAAAUCAUCGUAGAUCUAAAAAUUUUGAAUCUGUAGAAACCCUAGUAGAUCAGAGAUAUGGGGAACACAGAGAAAUUGAUGAACCAGAUCAUGGAGCUGAAGUUCACGUCGAAGAGCCUCCAACGUCAAUCGAAGAAGUGCGAGAAGGAAGAGAAAGCCGAGAAACUCAAAGUCAAGAAAGCGAUCGAGAAAGGAAACAUGGACGGCGCUCGAAUCUACGCCGAAAACGCCAUCCGCAAGCGCAACGAGCAGAUGAAUUACCUCCGCCUCGCCUCUCGCCUCGACGCCGUCGUCGCCAGGCUCGACACUCAGGCCAAGAUGACCACCAUCAGCAAGUCCAUGGGCUCCAUCGUCAAGUCCUUGGAAUCCUCCCUCACCACCGGCAAUUUGCAGAAGAUGUCUGAGACCAUGGACCAGUUCGAGAAACAGUUCGUCAAUAUGGAGGUUCAGGCUGAGUUUAUGGAGAGUUCCAUGGCUGGAAGUACUUCUCUUUCCACUCCCGAGGGUGAAGUUAACAGCUUGAUGCAGCAAGUCGCCGAUGAUUACGGCCUCGAGGUCUCCGUGGGCCUGCCGCAGCCGGCCGCCCACGCGGUGGCUGUGAAGGCCCCGGAGAAGGUCGACGAGGACGACCUUUCUAGGCGCCUUGCCGAGCUCAAGUCCCGUGGGUAAUCGAAAAGCAGUCCUAUUCUGUUACUAGUAAUUUGGUUUUUCUGUUUAAAAGACUCUGUGUAUGUAAAUUUGAAUGAAUCUGUGAUCUUCAUUUUUAUGUACAACUUGUGUUACUGGAUAUUAUGUUUUGAUGCACUGCUACUACUCAGUACUCAAUGCCAGCCCUAUAUGCUUAUUGCCGUAUUUGUGAUUC